AUGUUGGAGUGUCGCCUUACCGACAGGGUUGGUGACCGCUGGACUGGGGUGCUCGCGGUGAACGAGCGACUUGCUCAUGAUCGAUGGCAGUGCACGCAAGUGCUUACUCAGGACCUUGGUGUCUUGGCUUGUUCCCUGGAUGAAGGGGUUCAAAAGGUGACCAUUUAUGGUGCUCUUGUCACCAUGGAGGAUGGGGGUAUCGUUCUCCGGACUGAUGAAUGCACCAAGUUUGUUGUGAGCAAUGAUGGACCCCGGAUCCCUCAAAAGGCGAAAGAGGUUUGUUGUGGGUUGGCCAGUAUGAGCCUAGCUGCGGGAGUGCUGGGCCUAGAGUCAGUUGCUGCCAUGGACAUUAACUGGCUGGCAAUAAAGCAUUUGAAGCUGAAUGGCCACAAAAAUCCGAUGCUGGGCGACAUUUUGCAGGAUGACAACAUUUUUCGUCUUCAAUGUUGUGAACCCACCUCAGGAUGUUUGUGGAUGGCUGGCUUCCCAUGCCAAGCCUUCUCACGACAGGGGGACCAAUUAGGAUUCGGGGACAAAAGGUCAGCCCCAUUCCAGGGAGUCCUGAAGGGCGCUUGGUUGAACCAAGCAUCAAUGCUGAUGCUGGAAUGCGUGCCAGAAGUCAAUCAGAUCCAGUUCAUUGGUGACUCCCUCCGUGCUCUAGCAAGUGCUUUGGGCCUCCGCCUGUUGACUCAGAUCCUUGCACUUGAGGACAGUUGGCCUUGCAGACGAACCAGGUGGUGGGCUGUCAUGAUCCCAGUUGAGAUGAUUUUGACCACCUUGCGCCCCAUGCCCAAGUUUGAGUUUGAUGCGAUUGACAAGAUUAUUGGUCAUUGGGGUCGAUGGGAUGAUGAAGCCGAACGACAACUGGAGCUUGAUGGGCUUGAGCUACAGGUCAUGCAUGACCCCGAAAUGGGCAGCGAUCAGAGAGUCCUCAAUCUGUGCAACGUUCCUGCACAGCUACAGCUGCGCACUCAGGUCAUGCCCGUGUGGAUGCAGAAACUCCGGGCUGAGUCCUCAGAGGUUGCAUUGCUUCAGACUCUCCCACCUGAUUUGCAGAUUGCUGAUGACCUCAAGGCCUCACUUGUCAUGCUAGGGCAGAUCGCUGCGCCAGCUCAAGCGUUGUGGAUCUUGUCACAAUGCCUUGACUCGGUGAACCCAGGAUGCCAUGCACCGGAGGAGAUCUUGCACAAGUACCUCAAGCAGUUAUGUGUGAGCGCAUAUCAUGUACUGCCAGGAGCCCUUACAUCGGGUGUUGUGCACACGCAUUUGUGGAGUGUGGAAAAUGGUGGCUUCACCGUGCUGAUUCCAGAGGGCACCAAAGCAGGCACGCUCAUCGAUGCCAGCAACCGAUGGGAUCGUACCUGCCGACAGCGGCUGCUGGAUCAUAACUAUGUGGUGCCUGACUAUGCCUUCGUUCGACAGGCAGGACAGAUGGGGGCAUAUGACCUAAUUGACAUCCCGGUGGAGACACAAGGCUUUCUGGCAGCUCCAGAUGCAAGUAGUCCCGACAGGCUCCAGUGCGUCAAGGUGAUUGUAUGGGAUGGGCCAGCCAAGUGCAACAUCCAACCCGCCAAGGUGACUGAGAUUGUGGAUGUGGGUAAGAUGCAGGAGAAGGUUGACCACAUAGCACGCCAAGGCAUGCCGCCAGGAGCUAUGGUGUUGAGAAUUGCUGACAGUCUUCAAACCACUUACCCUUUGCCUCAGAUUGAAGAGAAAUGUCUCGCAGCAUGUCGAGAGGCCAAGGUGAUCUAUGGGCUGUUCCAGGGCUGUGGACACUGGGCAUUGUAUGUGGGAGUUCGGAAUGGGCAGCAUCUGUUGCUUCAUUACUUUGAUGGGCUUCCACAUCUCCUUCAUCAGGAGAUCAAGGAGGUUGCAAAGUGGCUAAAGGCUGCUUGGAGCUGUGAGGAGGUAGAGAUCAAGUACGGAAGAUGUGUGGCACAAGUUCACGAUGACAUGAGUGCUGUAGUCGCUCUGGCACAUCUAGGGCUUGCAUGUGGCUUGCAGGCUAUCCCAACAGAUUCCAUGCUGUCAGAGUGGCACACGUCAAUGAUUACUGAUGAACCUGAGGAGGAUGAGGCUGCGUCAUUCACACCAAAAGGCUUGGAUUGCACCACAAUGCAAGAAGCAGUGGAGGAGAUCGUCGAGAUGACAGGCAGCCACAUCUGGGUGGCACCCGAUACAUUGGUGCAAAAUCUCAUCCAGCAUGAGUGGCACGGGCUGGAUCCGCUGCUCCAAUCGCAGGAAGGCAUGGCUCAGGAGAUUGCCAUGAUGGUCCUUUCUGAUGGUCAUUGGUUUGUGGUUCACCUUGCGUGCUGUGAUGGUUGGCUUGAGGUGGACUACUUGGAUGGUCUCCCUCAUGCUUUUGGUGCUGUGGUGACACAAAUUGCCAAGUGGGCUGAACAGAUCUGGCCAGUCAAAGGCUUCGUUGUCCACUAUGUGACAGUUCAUGCACAAGAAGAUCCAACUCAAUGUGGCACUGUGGCACUGGCCAAUCUUCAAUGGAUCCUGAGUGGAGGCCAUGUGAUGAGCCAAGGCGACAUUGAUGAUUGGCAUGAAGCGCUAGUGCUGAGAGGACUGCAACGUGAGGGCCCCAGAGGUUGUGGAGGUGGAGGACCAGACAUGCCCUUGGGGGAGAAGGCGGUGGAUCAGGCGUUGCGGGCAAAGAACCCAUGGGCAGAACUGAAGACACUGGCGUCCAAGCCAGGGGUGCGAUUCUUGUGGGUCAAACAUGACGAACUCAUGAAGCAAGUCAGAAUGCGAGCCGAGAACAAGUUCGGGAUCUCCAGCCAUGGCAAGAAGAGGGAGAGGCAACGAGACACCAGACAAGCACAGGUGCAACUGGCUCCAUCACAUCUCACCUUGCUGGAUGGCUCCUUCGUUGAUGAGUCAGGUGAAGCAGUGAAGCAAAUCCAAUUUGAUGAGGUCAAGGCCCACGCCACUGGCAUUGCAUUGGCUACGGUGGGCCAAAUCCUGCCGUUCCUGGUUGAGGGGAAGUCGCUUAGCUUGGAGCCUUUGGCAGUCAUCACCACGGAAGAAGUUCCACAUGAACAACAAGGUCUCCUGCCGGUCACACAGAUCAGGUUCCCUGCGGAGUAUGCAGGUACAAAAGAACCUGUCCUGGUACAGGGAUCGUUGAUCCAGCUGGGUGACAACACAGUGACACGGAAGCAAGACGGUGUCAAGCCAGUGAUUGAGGCCAACAAGACCUGCACCUUCAAGUUGGUUGUCUUCAGAGAUGAAUGGGAAGCCAGCAACCUGCACUGGGCAGAUCUGUGCAAAGGCCCUAUGAAGGCACUCUUUCAAAAUCAGGAGGCAUUGACGCUUUGCAGGGGAGCUGCUUGUGGAGGAGGUUGCCCACGAUAUCAUGCACCAGUUGAUGUCGAAUGCGACAGUCUGAUCACGGACUUGUGGGACAGACGAUGGGCAAAGACAGAUGGUGGAGGCAGGGUCACGCCUGACAAGGCGGGCCUCUUUUCAGUCAUGAUGAGGGUGCUUGAUGAUGCAGAUGAAUGGAUCCAGGGUGUCUCAGGUCAACAUGGCAUAUACCUGGAACCCAGACAGCAGGAUGGCAAAGGCCCGGCUGAUGAAUAUGGGGUCAUCUGGCUCCCACAGCAAGGCCUCAAAGAAGCUGAACACAAGAAGAAGACGAUGCAAGGUGCAGUUGCCAUAGCCCGCAUUGGUCAUCGGUGGGGCCUGCGAUUUCGUGACGAGGACAUGGAAGCAGCUUUCAAAGAGCUCAGACCCAGAGAGCAAUACAGCAAGAUCUCACUUGACAGGAUCUUUGUGAUGUACCCUCUGCCACAUGGCACCACCAGGCAGGGACUCCAGAAGAGCCUGAAAGAAUGGGGCUGGGAAGCGAAGCCUUUGCAACCCACCAGAGGUGGAGCGGAGGGCGCUGGCUGGCAAGUCGGGAGCGGCAAGGCUCCUCCAAGCAUGGUCCUGCAAGGUGCACAUGGUGAUGUUGUUGUCACCCCUGUGCGAACAGUUCAGCAAGUCCGGGAGCCCCCCAAGAUCUUGAGCUCUUUCAAAACCAGAUCGCACUUGAAGCAGGCGGCCAGCAGCACAGGAGCCCCUGCGGCAGAUCCUUGGCUCCAACAGGACCCCUGGUCAAACUUCAAACCAGUGAUGGCAGGACAACCAGCAUCCAGUGACAAGAAGCCAGCAGUGGUGGCGAAGAUCAAGGAGGUUGAACACCAGCUUCGAGCUGACGUUAGAACAGCCAGCAGUCCGGAGAGAACUUGA